GUAACCUUUGUUCACUCGAGAGCGUUUGGAGUACCUCCUCCCUGGCGCGCGCUUCAUCUUGUUCUUGCGGUAGUUAUUUUGCUCAUGACCCCCUCCGCACAAAACAACAGUGUUUAUCUUUGUUUGAUUUUUCGGAGGUUUCACAUCCCCGCGAUAGUGUGGCUGGAUAACAAUUUUUUAUUUUCCCCUUUUUUGAAAAGAGGACUUAAGUGAAUUUUAGCCAUUAAGGAAACAUUCAUCAACAAGUCUGGACUUGCUUUCGCAGUUUAAACAUCAGCCUUAUUGUGCCUCGUCAUUUAUUAAAAGUAGAAUGUCAUCUUUACCGGGAACAGUACCGCGAAUGAUGCGACCGGCUCCGGGACAGAACUAUCCCCGCACUGGAUUCCCCUUGGAAGUUUCAACUCCUCUGGGUCAAGGUCGAGUCAAUCAGCUUGGCGGAGUUUUCAUCAAUGGCAGGCCUUUGCCAAAUCAUAUCCGCCACAAAAUAGUUGAAAUGGCUCACCACGGCAUCCGUCCCUGCGUGAUCUCCCGACAACUUCGUGUUUCCCACGGUUGUGUGUCCAAAAUCCUCUGCCGGUAUCAAGAAACUGGCUCGAUCCGUCCUGGAGCAAUAGGAGGAAGCAAACCCAGACAGGGGGCAACACCUGACGUGGAAAAACGAAUCGAAGAAUACAAGCGCGAUAAUCCCGGCAUGUUCAGUUGGGAGAUUCGGGAUAAACUGCUGAAGGACGGUGUGUGUGACAGAAGUACAGUUCCCUCAGGUGAGGCCUCAUCUGUAAGUUCUAUCAGUCGGGUUCUUCGUGCGCGAUUUGGCAAAAAAGACGACGAGGACGACUGUGACAAAAAGGAUGACAGUGGGGAGAAAAAAACUAAGCACAGUAUUGACGGCAUACUGGGAGACAAAGGUCGAAUAGAUGAAGGCUCAGACGUGGAGUCUGAACCGGACCUGCCCUUGAAGAGGAAGCAGAGGCGCAGUCGGACCACCUUCACAGCCGAGCAGCUGGAAGAGCUGGAGAAGGCCUUUGAAAGGACACACUACCCAGACAUCUACACUAGAGAGGAACUAGCCCAGAGAACCAAGCUCACCGAGGCCAGAGUACAGGUUUGGUUCAGCAAUCGUCGAGCAAGAUGGCGUAAACAAGCCGGAGCCAAUCAACUGGCGGCAUUUAACCACCUGUUACCUGGAGGGUUUCCACCAACAGGCAUGACCACUUUACCAACAUACCAGCUUCCUGAGUCCACCUAUCCUUCAACAACAUUACCACAAGACAGCUGUGGCACGGUGCAUCGGCCCCAGCCGUUGCCCCCCUCCACCAUGCAUCAGGGCGGGCUCUCGAGCGACAGCAGCUCCGCCUACGGCCUCUCGUCCAACCGCCACAGUUUCUCCAGCUACACCGACACCUUCAUGAGCCAGUCAGCGAGCAGUAAUCACAUGAAUCCCGUGAGCAAUGGACUAUCUCCACAGGUGAUGAGCAUCCUCAGCAACCCUAGUGCCGUGGCCCCUCAGCCCCAGCAUGAGUUCUCCAUCUCCCCCCUGCACAGCGGCCUGGAGGCCUCCAACCCCAUCUCAGCCAGCUGCAGCCAGCGCUCUGAGCCUAUCAAGACCGCUGACAGCCUGCCCUCCUCCCAGUCCUACUGCCCCCCUACGUACAGCACCACCAGCUACAGCGUGGACCCCGUCACUGCCGGCUACCAGUACAGUCAGUACGGCCAGACUGCGGUGGAUUACCUGGCUAAGAAUGUGAGCUUGUCCACACAGAGAAGGAUGAAGCUCGGCGAGCACUCAGCUGUGCUCGGACUGCUACAGGUAGAGACGGGACAGGCGUAUUGAUGGAUCUCGAACUGAACAUCCACUCAUCUGUUUCACCAGCAUCCCUCCAUUCUUUCUGCAGUGCCCACACGUGGUCCAUCUGACUAGGAGUGAACGAGACCAAGAGAAGUUAAAAAAUCACGGGCAGUCUUAGACUUUCUACCUAUAGCAGCGUGAAUACAAAAGCCAUUCCACAUAAAAACAGACACUAUUGUGCCGCAUCUCCUUACUCAUCCCGAUCCUUUCUCUCUUUCACAACAAAGAGACCCUUUCAGGGCUUCAGAAAGAAGCCGAGGGAAAAUGAGCAUCAAUUGUCUGAGCCCAAAUCACUAAAGCCCUGCCCGUCGGCAUCCAGUGUUAGCACACAUAGGCUAGAGCUGCAGCUGUUGCCCAUUCCAAACUGUUCGGACCAUGUUGUUUAUAGAAAAUGAUGGUAUUAUAAUUAUAUUUGUUAUUAUAAAUGUGGUUGUUCCUAUUGCUGUUGCAUUUACUAUUGUAAUUACUCUUUGUUUACAUGUUUCAUUUUUAUUUUUCUCAUGUUUAGUUCCUGUUUCUAUUUUAACCACAGGGCCUUGCUUUGUAACAUUACAUUUCUGAUGGAUAUACACAGAGAGAUGCUGACAUUCCACAAAACCUGGGCUAGUCAAUGUGUUUCAUCUGGGUUGGUGGAGCCUUGAUAUGGGGCAAAAAGCAGUCUGUGACCUUCUCUUUAUGGGUGGAAAGUGUUUUAGGGUUAUCAGUGUUAUUUAUGAUGGUUUUGUCUUAAAAACAUACACUGUUCUGAAAUAUGAUGACCAAAUGACAAAAAUACAUUGUUUUCAUUAUAGUUUUUUUUGCAACGAACACAGGCUAAUUCUUGUCUGUGGUCACUAUAAUUACCAUUAUAAUGAGCCCUUAUGGGCAAAUGCCAAUUUUAGCAUUCUAUGGCUUUUAAUAUACUUUCCCAUAUGCUUCUCUGCUAUUCAUGGAAAGUAUAGCUUACGAUUUAUCCAAGAACUUAAAAACAAUCCGAUAUUAGCCAUUGAAUGGCCGAAGGGCGAUUUGUGAAUUUAUGUUUCAGACGUUUGGAAGAGGAUGUACUAAAUUGGUAGCACUUUUUAUUCAUGAGGAAAUUAAUUUGUCUCUGUGGUCACUGUAAAAUGAGCUAUAGAAUGGGAAUCAGAUUUUUCACAGUUUGUAGAGAGAAGUGGACUUUUACUGU